AUGAAGCUGGAAGCUAGAUGCAAGCUAGUAAAGCUAGAAUACGUAUUGUGCGCGCGGUGUGUUGAACAGAACACUUUUCUAAUAGUUUCAGGUGAAGAUGGCAGUUGCUCGUGCAGCCGGUUGUUUUGUUUUGUUUUGUUUUUUUUCAAGUUUGCAACUAGCAAAUAUACCUUAUUGUCAGGUCAAGCCAGCCGAAGCCUCUCACUGUCUUCAUCAUUGGCAGCUCGAACACAUGUCAGCUACGAGCUCAAGGAUGAUGUGGCAGUUAUACGACUCAGUGAUCCAACAGCCAAGGUGAACACACUGUUGGCGCAUAUGGAAUCAGAGCUGACGGAGGUGAUGGGGAUGAUUUGGUCAAACGGAGCAGUGAAAAGUGCCGUCUUUAUCUCCAGCAAGCCUUUUUUAUGGGUUAUUGUUGUUCGGACUAUUAAGCUAAGAUAGCUAAUAUGUGCUAACUUCACUGUCUGUUUUUUCCACACUAACUGGCAACUAUACCACGUGAUACCAACGUUGUUAUACGAUUGGCUCACAAACCUUGUUAGAAGCAGGAACCGAACGUCGGACAUCUCACACAAAGAUAAACAAAACAUUCAUUUUGGACCCGUCAAAAUUUUUUAACUGA